AUGGGCGGCGAAGUCUCAAACAAGACAUGGGUCUUCAAAAAGUCUCCCUCAAGCCUACCAGAGCCAGGCGUCCAUACCGCUUUCGAGGAUCGACCCUUGAGCCUAGUCGCACCACCUGGAGGUCUCGUCAUCAAGCUCCUCACAGCUGGUCUCGAUCCCCAUCAGAGAGAUCGCAUGCGAGGAGCUGGCAACGUCGACUACGUACCUGGCUAUGAAGUCAACGAGCCCAUCACAAACUUCUCAAUUGCAAAGGUCAUCCGCUCAGACAACGAUGUUUUUGAGGAGGGUAGCUUAAUCGCUGGUAGCCUUCCUAUCGCUGAGUACGGCAUUAUCCCCAGAGAGCUCAUUGAUGCUAGAGCUAUGGCAUCACCGCUUGUUUGGAAGGUCUCAAACGAUUACAACCUUGAUGUCAAGCAUUACGUUGGUACUCUUGGUCUGGCUGGCAUGACUGCUUGGAACUCCUUCUACGGCCUCGUCAAGGCUGUCAAGGGUGAGACAAUCUGGGUCAACGCUGCAUCAAGCUCUGUCGGAGAAGUUGUCGUUCAACUGGCCAAGAUCGAGGGCAUGAAAGUGAUUGCCAGUGUGAGCUCUGACGACAAGCUCGACUACGUGGUCAAUGAGCUUGGUGCAGAUGUCGGCUUCAAUUACCGAAAGGAGCCAGUUGGCAAGGCUCUCAAGCCUGCCAUCGAGAACAUGAAGUGGUUCGGCCGCAUCAUCAGCUGCGGAACAGCAUCUCAAUACAACAAGCCAGUUGAAGAACAGUAUGGAGUCACCAACCUGUCAGAGAUCUUCCGCCGACGCAUCAAGAUCCAGGGUUUCAUCUUCUGGGAUGACAACAUCUACACUGACAACAUUGAGAACUUCAAGGCUACUAUGCCAAAGUGGGUUUCAGAGGGAAAGAUCAAGUCUCGCUAUACUCAGUUUGAAGGUAUUGAGCAGGCUGACAAGGCAUUCUUGUCCAUGUUUACUGGUGGAAGCCAUGGUAAGACGGUGCUCAAGAUAAGCGACCCUUAA